UUAAAACAUAGGUUGAAAUAAUUUAGAACAUGGGCUGAAAAUAAACUCAAUCAAACCUUAUCAUGUUUCUGUUUCAUUUGUCUUUUAAAUUUCUAGUUUACUCAUUCUAUUUUGGGUUUUUCACUCUCUAGCAUGUUCUAAACUAUUUUUCAGCAUAUUCUAAAUUAUUCCUAUGUUCAAAAAUAUAAUAAUAAUGUUGGAAUGUUACUAAUGUUUUUGAUUUCUUAAUGUUGCAGUAAAAUGCAAGGCCAAAAUGAAGAAAAAUCAGAAGAAGGAGUUACUAAUAUACAAGAAGAAGAAAUUACUUAUGUAAGAAAAAGGAAAGUUGAAAACGUUGAAGCGGAAGUAAUUGAUAGAUCGGAAUUUGAGAAGCAUAUUGAAAGUAAAAGUGUUGCUAUAAGACAUAGAAAACUUCCAACAAGGCUUCAACCACCUCGAAAAUUGCAAAAAAGGAAGGAAGAGAAAAAGAUCAAGAAGAAGGAAAAGAUCAAAAAGAAGAAGAGGGUAAUAAUGUUGAGGAUGAUGACAAGAAUAAUGAUAGUAAAGAUGAUGGUGAGGAUGAUAAUAAGGGUGAUGUAAAGAUGAAAGAGAAAGAUGAAAAAGAGGAGAUGGAAGAUGAUAGUGAGGAGGAACAAAAAAUCAAUAAAAAAAA